GACRGAGAUCAGUACUACUACGCUAAGUGYUUGGUUGGUGGAGGCCUCUCCUCGAGCCUCCGUUGGGCGCUCACGCCUUUGGAUUACGUCAAGUGCAAUAUGCAAGYGCAUCCAUCACGAUAUCCAAACUUUUCGUCUGGAUUGGUUUCGGUGUAUACAAAACAAGGWCUGUCGGGAUUGUAUCGUGGAUUUACCCCGACCGUUUUGGCCUAUUUUUCUCAGAGUGGCUGCAAAUAUGCCAUGUAUGAGUUUCUGAAGGACCRWUUUACGGAGGUCCUUGGUAGUGAMCAAGCUGCUAAAAAUAAAAYUCUAGUCUAUGCGGUAGCGGCUGGAUCUGCCGAGGCCAUCGCCGACAUAGCGAUGUGUCCGUGGGAAAUGCUCAAAGUUCAGAUCCAAACUGCCAGGUGUGAAGAGUCCUUUCCUUCCAGGUUUGGCCCUGCCCUGCGAUCGAUGAUGGAACAGCGACAAACCCUCAAUUUUCCCUUUGGAUCCCUCAGCCCSCUUUGGUCCCGACARGUGAUCGGGACCAUGGCCAAUUUUGUGGUCUUUGAACACACGGUCGAUUGGAUGUAUGGCUAUUUUUUGAGAACCGAGAAGUGCGACUGUAACAAAUCAACACAGCUGGCGGUGUCUUUUGCUUCGGGUUUUUGCUCGGGCGUUUUCUCUGCGACCGUCUCUCACCCCGCUGAUUCACUKUUGUCGCUACGGGCUCGGUUUCCAGAAAUGACAUACUCUGAGAUUGCCCGUACCGUGGGAUGGAAAAAACUAGCUACGCAGGGACUAAUUCCAAGGGCGGCCGUUACCGGAACCAUAAUCGCUAGUCAGUGGUUCCUMUACAACUCGUUCAAGACUGUAAUCGGGCUAGGAACGACUGGAGGCUGAACUGGACUUAUCGGCGAAGAAAAAAGAGAGCACGCACAAGAAGACGAUGGGGAUGAAGAUUUCGACAUGGCACGAAAUGCGUGGAACAUCUUUACUGUUGUUGCGAUCCUCUUCUUUCGUCCGAUCUUGAAACAAUAAUACCAAAUAAUUGGU